GUAUUUCUUUUUUCUUUUGAGUGGGAUCGGCACAGCAAACAUCGCAGAUCCGCGAGCCGCGACGCGACAUCUCGCAAACGUAAGACAAAGGCGGAAGGGAAAACCAACAAAUAACUGAAAAGGUUGUGCCAUUAAGUCGCUCGUACUUCAUGCUCAGCGUCAGUGUCAGCCAACCGUUUUCGCUCUUCCACCGACCCCGUUCGCGUCUGCUCACGUUUCUUCGAUGCAUGUAUGCCUGCCCUAAAACGGAUAAAAUAGUUGUUGACGAACAACGAUAAGGGUUGUUUUCUCUACAAGGUAUGUGUGUCCUCCGUCCUCCUAACGUUUUUAGCUCUCCUCUGGCGGCUCAUCGCGCUCAGCCUUGCUGCGCGAAAAUGUUAUAUAUAUAUGAUGCCCUACGAAGAGAGUUAGAGAGAAAAAAAAUAUGGAGAUGCACUGCGGAAAACAAUUCAUGCGUGCGCAUUUCUGCUGAGUUUCGAAUCUAGACGUUUUGUUUAAUGCCUGCUACGAGUAUCUGUGUUCGACACUGCACUGUUUUAUAGAAAGCAAAGGUGCCACCCACUUCUUAUUUAUUUAUGUUUGUGUUUUGUGUUGUUUUCAUUUACACUUCUGUUUUCAGACUUCUCGUUCUGACGUCGUGCAACGCGUCUAAAAGUUUUUCUCCUUAUCUUUCGAUGCGGAUGUAAUUCUUUUUUUCAGCGUUACGCCAUCUUUUGCAAAGGAAAAAAGUGAAAUCUGUUCACGUUUCAAACAUCUUCCUGGAAAACACAACAAAGAAAGAAGUCAACGGUUACUCCGGUGAUGAAUGAAGAACUCAGUCGAUGAAGGCUGUGUGAGAGUGCCUCCCUCGCUGACGCACCUUUGCACGCGAGGAGGAGGCGUCCGUCGUUUGAUGCAUGAGAGUGUCAUUCGAGUCCCCCCUCUUAUCUUAAUUUUCAAGCGCAAGUUGGGGCAACGGCGAAAGCCAUUCUUUUAUGAAUGUACUGCUUUACGUUUCUUUUUUUCUUCGAUCGGGUAACACGGCGGAGGUGCUACCUCCGGUGACGCUGAAGACGUCGUCGUCUGCUGCUGAAGGUUCGUGAUUGUCUACUUCAUUUCUCGUACUUCUCUUUCUUUAUCGUUUCUGAUCAGAUUUUUCUCGCCUCUCUGUUCUUGCCAUUGCCAUCGCAUUUCUUUCGAUGAUGAACGCGCUGGGUGACCGCUGCCACUCUGUGCUGGUGCUGGUGGACACCACGCACCUUACCGCCCCCCUGCUCGACACCGCCUGCGGCUAUCACGUGGGUUGUGUGCUCACCUCCGCAGACGCCGACAACGCCCCGUCUUCAAAAGACAUUACGGCACAUGUUACAUCUUUUUGCAGCGAGAACACGGUUGCCUGUGCCGUGCAGAAGGUAACCGAUGAAGUGGCGCGGAGUCUUCCCAUGCGAGGUGCGAGUGCCACUGAGCAUUUGACGAAGCCCAUGACGCUCUUCGACGCGACGGGCGUGGCAGACGUGUCGCUGCUCAUUUCACUUCUUUCAUGGCUGUACGGUGAGGUAAACAGUGGUGGGUCGACGCCACAGAAGGCGUCGGCAGAGACCCCCUACACCCUCGUCGCCGUUCUGGAUGUGUCUCGAGGCGCCCUCUGCACCCCCUCCUCCGACUACGCACGGACGGACGCCUAUGCGUGGCUGCGUCCAACCCCGAGCUACUAUUCCGAACUGCUAGAUGCCGCGAAGUCGCAGUGUGCGACCUCGACGGAUGGCUCCUGCUCCGUUGACUUCCAUUGCUAUGUGUUUCCCGUGCAGGUGUACUCGCGCUACCCCGUUGUUCGCGAUCGCGGAUUGCAGGAAGGACUAUAUGGUGGAGAGGCCACCGAGGUGCCCGUGGAGCAGUGGACGAAUAAGUCUACCCUCAACGCCCUGCUGCGAGAGCUGGCCUUCAAGGCAGGGCAGCUUGCCAAGUACGGAGCGUGA